AUGAUUAUUACAGUUCUGAUAAUUUGUGUUACGAUUUCAACCCAUUACUUUUUGAAUUUGAAUAUCAUUGACCCUACCAAAUAUAGAAAGACUAAAAUGAUUCUCACUUUAUGAUAUUUCGCAUCUUAUUUUAGGGCUUCUUAUGCCCAAAAGCUGAAUCAAAUAAUAUUAGAUAUCAGAGACAAUUUUAUUGAUAAUUUAGAUAAAGCAGUAUUUACUUUUAGCUGCUUUGAUGAUUACUUUUUAUGUGACUUUCAACACUAUUACUUAUCUAAUUGCUUUUGCUUUACACUAUUUUGAAUUAACUAUUUUUAUAAUCCACGCCAAUAUCCAAAUCUCUCAUUUUCAUUAGGAAUGAUUAAUAUAUUUAUAUCAAUUUAUGCAAGAAAUUCUUUAUCAUUUUAUCAAUCAGCCUUUGUUUUUCUUAGCGUUUCUUUCUUCUCAUUCUGCACAAUCUGGAGAAGUUCAGUUUCGGGACAAUCUUUUAUUUAUAUUUGCAUAUUUCUCUUACUCCCCCCCCCCCCCUCCGUGAGCGAACAAAAAAAAUUUUGUUCGCUCACGGAGGGGGGGUUAAUUUUUUUUUUUAAAAAAAAUUUAUAUAUAAAUUUAUAUAAAAAAUAUAUUUUUUCGAAAUUUAAAAAAAUCCUAAUUUGCAAAAAUUGGGAAGCAAAUAUUAAUUUAAUUUGCAAAAUUUAUGUUUUAAAAACGCAAUUUGUUUAAAAUUAAACAGAAUUAGCUCUAGAUUUCAUUAUACUAAUUAUCACUUAUAUAUCAAAAAUUUUUUCCAUUAAAAUUUUUUCUAUUAAAAAAAAUUUUUGUUCACUCACGGAGGGUGGGUUUUUGGUCAAAAAAUGGCGAUUUUUCUAAUGGUUUUGUUCGCUCACGGAGGGGGGGGGGGAGUUUAGAUAUUAUGGCAGAAGCUAUUGCUUUUAGUUCUAAUGAGUUGAAUAGAGUAAAAUUACUUAUCAAUACUAUUAGCUUUAUUAUGGAUCUUUGGGGAAUUUCUGUGAUAUUAAUUUUCGUUUUAAUUUGCUUUUGUAUGCACUUGGAUAGCUUUGAUGAAUAUAUUAGACUUUUAGAUAAGAAAAAAGACAAUGAGUUUUAUUUUAAGGUAGCUGAAGUAUAUACUUUUCUACUUGCUUUAAAUUUAGAAGCUAUUUUGGUUGCAAAUUUAUGAUCUAACUCCUGACUAAUAAAAAAUUUAGUGUUAAUUUUUAUUUCAGCUAGUCUAGGCUCUUUACUUGUUUUUCCAGACGAUGAUAAUAGAAAAUUUAUGAUAUUUGCCUCAAAUGUUAUUGCGACAUAUUUUCAAGUAUAUUCUAUCAAGACUUUAUGGAAUUUAAUAUAA